AUGAACUACUUCAAUGUACCUAUUGACAUGACUGAAACUGAAAAGAUUCAUAGUAAGUGCUUUGUGUUGGAGAGGUCCCACUCUUUGGUAGGAGGAUGGCCAUUAGCCACUAGCGCCACCACCUCCCCCACUCGCCCCCAAGACUCCCUGCUGGACCUCAUCAGCCACGAGGAGAUGCUCUCGGACAUUCUCAAGGCCGCGGAGAUCACAGUUGGGCUGUGCCUGGAAGUAGAGGGCAAGGUGGCCCGUAGCACAGGGGUAGCACUGCCAACUUGCUCACUGGUGGAAAUGCCUCCAUCGAAGGCCCACAGGGAAGGUGCCAAAGCACAGCAAGCACUGGUGUCCACGGCCAGGAACCAUCACCUGCAGAAAACAGGCCCCCAGAAGCAGCCUACGAGCAGUGGAUCAGAGGUGGCACAGGAUCAAUCACAAACCAAGCACAGCCCUGCUGAUUUCAAAAGCUACCGGAUCUUUAUUGGUGAAAACACGAAUCCAGGUGGCAAGGUCACUCUCCUGGACCUCCGUGAGGGUGGCGUGACCCGACGUGUGAUCCUCUUCAAGGAUGACUUUCAAGUGGAAAAAUGUUAA